CAACAACAGAGAAACCUCGUUUGUCACUCUGCAAUGGCGCAUACCAAGGGAGGACCAUGCCAAAAAGGCAAGAAUGGUUUGCUUCUACUUGUAGUGGCGGCGCUCCUUGCUUUAGCGCCCAAAGCAUUGCCAGAGGCUCUUGUCUUGCAGAGGAGCCCAACAGCUCCCCCAAGCAUUUCGCGAAGUCCGGAUGCUGCACCAGCUUGGAUGGCCAAGGUGGUUCCCAAUAUGGUUUUUGUCAGCAUCGCUGCUGCCACUGCCAUGGCAACAGCUGGAGGGAAGAGCAGAAGUUUGUUCGUGGGACAAUCCAGGCCCAGCCGCCAAGUGAGCUGCGAGCGAGCACAACAAGAUGUUCGACAAGUUCCUGUUCACGUGGAGGAAGAGGAGGUGGGCAUUUCUGCAUCUCCACCAGCAAAUCUGUACGAACUCUUCGGAACACCUUCCACUGCAGAUUCGAAAGACAUCAAGAAGAAAUAUCACGACUUGCAGAAGCUUUGCCAUCCUGAUGUCGCAGGCCCAGAGGGCGAGGAAAUUUGCAUUCUUCUCAAUGAUGCGUGGGAGCUGCUUUCCGACCCAGAGAAAAGAAAAGAUUACGAUGCUCAGAUUGAGUUGGCGAAGCCAGCAAAAAUUGUGGUGAAGCCGCCGGUGUGCACCGAAAUCACACCAACCUGGAAGGGCGAGAGGAAGACAUUGAAACACCAUACAGACUACACUGGGAUCCCGCUGUCUCGCAGUCGCUGGGCAAAAGUGCCCCCUGAAGAUCGUGGUGAGAGGCAUCUGGAAGAGAAGAUGCUUUUUGUUGAUGAGUGGGCUUGCAUUUGCUGCCGAAACUGUUGUGAUGUGGCUCCGCAAACCUUUUGCAUUCAAAAUGACAACGGACGCGCAAACGUUUACACGCAGUGGGGAAACUCCGAGGAGUACUUGGACUAUGCUGUAGCAUCUUGUCCUGUGGACUGCAUCUACUGGGUGAGUCGAGAGGAGCUGCAGGUUCUGGAGUACGUCACCGCUCAGAAGAUGGUCGAUGAGAAAGGGCAGCUACCAUGCCCACUCUCAUAUAUGCAGGGAAUGCUCAACAAUCCUCCGAAUGAUCCGUUUGAUGAUGCAAGACAAUUCAAAGCCAAGAGGGAAGAAGAAGCAAGGCGAAAAGAACAAGCUGAACACACCUCUGCAGCCGCGAAUGUUGAGGCAUGGUUCCAGAGGAUCAUGGAUGUGUUCGAGAAUUUGUCCCAGAAUCUGCGGGCAAACAUCAUGAUCCACAUGAAGAAGUGAAGAGAUCGUGGAGACAUUUGUCGCAUAGCUUUGCCAUACAUUCCUGAUCAUUUAUUAAUAGGUUGACAAAGUCGACUGAAGAAUUCGACGGGUAACGACUUUGUCAAGUCGUUUGCAUACCGAGUUCGGCGUUUUGAGAUUGAACCUAUUUUCCAUUGAUCUCAAACGACGAAAGAUUUUUGGCCGUCCACGUCGGAUGGCCAGGGUCCAAGAGAAACAAACAGACUGCAACC